CUGGUAGUGAAGCGGAGUGGGACCCAGUCACGAAGUCUCACGCCUUCCACCAGUUCUCAGUCUGAAGACGAACGUACUGGCAGCUAGUGGUUCGCCGCUCCGCUCCAAGACCGUCCGUGCGCGUGUGUGCGUGUGGCAUGGUGUGUGUGUAUGCGCGGGCGUAGGACGGCACGAGAGCGACUCCUCCGCAACGUCGAUGUGUCAGUGUCGAUCUUGAAGCCUGUACCAUCCCCGUGCCGCUCUUUUACGAGCCAUCGGCCGUCUUCGCUCGCGGAAGGUCGAUCGCUUCGUAGCAUCGAGUCGGCGAUCGAACGAGAGCAGCAUCCGCCAUUUUCGCCAUCUCCGUGCGUGAGGCCCAAUGAGGCCUACCGGUGCUGGUACAGUGAUUCGCGCGGCCGACGCCUGCGGCCGCGCCUCUGGAUUCCACCAGCACACGGUCCGUAGGAAUAGUCGUUAAAUUUUCGCCGCCGGGUAUCGCCGGGCUGUUUUCUCCGCUCGUCGUUCUCCAAGAGUGUCUACGGCGGCCUCUGGUCGCCGAGUGUACUAUGAGUGUGCGUAUAUACAUAUGACAGCGGCUACACGUGGAGGUGCCUUAGUGAGGGACGACUACGACGACUGCUACGCCACUGCACCGCAUACCAGCGAGGGCCCCGGGUCUGGUAGCAGAGAAGGGGAUAGAAAAGCCUAGAGAGGUCUCAAAGGAAGCGACAGAGACGGAGCACGGGAAGGGGCCACGAUAGAGGAAAGAGGCACGAAGGGAAAGAAAGCAACGGAGAGACGGCGAAGGGAAAAAGAGAAAGAAAAAGAGAGAGAGAGGGCAAAGCUGGGCCUCAUACCGGCGGAGGGGGACUUGCAAGAAGGCGGCCAUAAUGGCCUGACGCGAUCUCGAGCGAGCGGCUACAGCUGCUGCGAAAUAUCCGUGCCGCCGAGUUCCUCUCGCCUUUGCUGUGCGCACGUAUUUUGCAACGUCGCGCUGCGACGACGUGUAUGCGCCGCUUGUCCGCCUGUCUUUGGAAAGCAACGACUGCGUAAUCGACCGCGAGUGCUACCGGGCGGAGCGUAAUCGCUCAAUGAGCACCUGAGUCACAUCCGCAACUUUAUGUUGCGCGUGGGAAACGAUCCGCCGGCUAAUAAUCGACGUUCACAGGGAUCCCAUCUUCGGGUAUCGCUGUCGCUAAUCGGGAAGUUCGACGCUUGGUCGUGAGACCAACGGAUCACGCGCUUCGAACGGUUUCUUCACUUAGAGUUCCAUUUUUGUCAUUGCUACAUGACAAUCUGCGAUUGACUCGUAUGCGAUAAUUUUUUUCAAUUAAGAAUAAUUAGCGGAUAAGAUUAUCUGUAACCAAUUUAAGCAAAUGUUUUUUUUUACUUUCGAUGACAAUAGCCUGGGUUGUCAAAGAUAGUUUUUAUUAUUAACAAGUAUCAACCACGUUCACACAAUUUUCAAAUUGUGUCACAAGAUUGGAUCUUUCUAAUCGAUAAAUUAGUCGAGCUAAAUCAAAAUAAAAUGAGAGGAGCUAAUCAGGAUACGGCGACGCCGUAUUGUCGCUGCAGAGUACUCUAUUUGGGUAGCUCGGUACCUCACGCGAGCAAAGAAGGACUCCUGGGCGUUCAGGAACCUUUGAGGGAACUCUACCCUGAACAGGGUGCACUGGGUGCGCGCGGGAUCGAUUCCUGGUUGAGUGUUUGGAGCAAUGGCUUACUGUUGGAGAAUGUCGACGAGCAUCGUAAAAAGAUCACGCGAUUCUUCCCUAUCGAAGCGCUCCACUAUUGCGCCGCGGUCAGACAUGUCAAAGGUGGAAAUGGUGAUACGUCCAACACGCGUUUUUUGCCAUUGGACUCGCCGUUCGCGCGGACGCCUAGCGCGAAUCAUCCACCCCUGUUCGCCGCUGUGUUGCGAAGAACCACCGGCAUCAAAGUUCUCGAAUGUCACGCGUUUAUCUGCAAACGGGAUAUGGCGGCCAACGCCCUGGUAAGGUGUUGCUUCCACGCUUAUGCAGACAGCAGUUACGCGAAAGGUCUGGAUCCAUCGUCGGCGACGACAAACGGGGUCGUGACGAGUCAUCAGUCGAACAACAGUCUCUAUCACACUCUAGGCGGCUCGAGCACCACCCUGGACAGCCCUCAACCGACUCGUCUGGACACAGCCUCGACCGACAACCUCAGUCUGUACAACGGCGACGAGAAUCAUAAGGUUUGGGCUAGGGGUCGCGACGAAGUCGAUAAUCUUUAUCAGGAACAGGGCACCCUGCGAAGCACUAAGGGAUCCAGACCGCGUCAGUUGGUUGCCCCACCACCGCCACCACCACCGCCGCCACCUCCCGCUCAACCGUUAUUGCUGGAGGAAUCUUCCGCGCGACGGAAAGCUAAUAAGAAGCUCAAGAAAAUGAAAACUCGUUCGUUGCACGAGGACGCGUUGCAGCAGCAGCAGCAGCAGCAGCAGCAACAACAACAACAACAGCUCCUUCAUCAUCAGUUACAUCAAGGCGUGUACGCCAAUGGUCAUGGACACCACACCCUGGGUCAUCCUAUCAGACAGCAACAUUAUCAUCCUCACCCGCUACCACCCAGCAGUCGAUCCGUCGCCGGUACCCUGGCUAGACCGGCACCGGUACUUUUGGUACCAGCAGCCACCUUACCGAGGAAGAGUCAUCAUCAUCCGCGUUUAAGGCCCAUUCCGGCGGCGACACCGAUAGUCCCAGUCUAUGCUCCUUUGCCAGUGGUACCGCCGACAGCGGCACCAGCGGCGGCCAUUUAUCCAGCCACAUAUGGUACCGCUGGAAACAGAGGUAGACGACACCCAGAGACAGACUCCACCUUGAGCACAUCCAGAAGACUAGCUGCCUCUCACGCGGACCUUACCUCACCAGAAGUCGCUCGGCAGGCGGAUAGUCCGGAAAAUGAAUCCCGCUUUGGUACCGGCAUAUAUCGACGGAAAGGUCAUCUGAACGAGAGAGCCUUUUCUUACAGCAUUCGCGCGGAACAUCGUAGCAGAAGUCACGGUAGUCUGGCCUCCUUGGGCUUCAGUGCGCAGAACGGCAACGCGCUGCCGAAAGAGGAGAAGAAGGAUCGCGAAAUCGCCCAGCUGGUCGCAGGAUUGAGCCUCAACGAUGGACCAGAACGAACACAGGCUUCGAAUUCGAGAGCAGGAUAUCAUCAUCACCAACAGCAGCAGAUUCAACCGCUGCCCAGGCCGAGACCCCGUUAGAAUCGCUUCUUAAGACUGGUCUCUUGCAGUGUCAUGCAGUCUGAAGCCUUCUAGGUGAUCCAGAACGAUUUCUGGAUAUUUUUUUUAUAGACGGAAAUACUUUAAAAACCGGAGCAUUAAUUAAUGGACAUAUUCACUUUCUUUAUCGGAUAUCUUGGUCAUAGAUUCAACUAUUAACAAUUUGCUAAUGUCCCUCAUUAGAUUAGAAUGUUAACACACAUGGCGUAUUCGAACGUCUAUCUGGCUGCCAAUAACGAUAAAGUUAUAAUAAAUAAUUAAUAUUUUAUCGCUCGAUCGUAGACAUUCUUCGUGGAAUCCUCUCUUCUUUUAUCAGUGAUGUUACUGCUAGACAAUCGUUGGAAAUGAAUCUUACUUUUUCCGGUCAAUCGCAUUGAUGCAACAGCGACUUUGUCUGGGUUAACAAACAUCUUCUUGCAGCUUGCUCCUCCAAGCGUGACAUCGGCGCUACAGUUACGAGCGAUUUCACGUUCCGUCGUCAUGUCACGUGGAAAAAGACUGCAUUGCGAAACGUUGCAAUUCCAACUCUCCGCAGCAAGUUUUGCCUAACGGUAUUAUACAUCGGUAGGCGUAUUUUAAAUUACAUUUCUUAAUUAAUCUCAUUUUUAUAACAAUGUCCAUUUUUAUGACAAAAGUAUAAUUUUUCAUUGGAUAUAAUUACCUAUCAAAUUUCCUAUAAGCACUUUAUUGGAUGAGAUUAAUGUAUUCAAUAUAACUCAAGAAUCAGCGAAACGUCAUAGACUUAACGUCGUAGACGAUGACAUAACGUCCCGAGAAACGCAACGAUCUUUCUGUCGCAGAACAACCUAAUUAAGUAGUAAUUACUGUCGGCUUAGGAAGGAGACAGUUCUGUUGUCCGAAACUCAUUAGAUGAAGGCGCGAAGCAUGAAGGAUAUAAAAAGACUGCUAUAUUUUCUCUAUCAAAACAAGUUGAAAGGUUUGCGAUUAACUUAAUCAAGAUUUCAAUGUUGACAUUAAAAAUUACUUCCUCGGAUAUUUGAAUACGCAUCACACUUUAAAUGCUAAAACUUCAGUCUACUUUCAAGAUCUCCUUCUUAUUUUCGUAUAAUUAAAGUACCUCAUUUUUCAAAUAGUACUUUAAUGAGGCAUAAUCACAAAUUAAUUGACUAUGCGUAUGUAACAUCUGUGCAAUUUGUGUAACCUGUGGAACAAAGUAAGACGAUACGUUGCAUAAAGGAAAGAUAAAAAAAGUCUGGUCAUAAGUCUCAAUAUGUGCAUUUGCGAGAAAUAAAACCCGAGUCGCGUAUAUUAUGUCGACCGAGAAAAAUGCCCUUGAUUAUGACAUUUUGCGGCCACGCGCUUGUUGAAGUUUUAUCGUAGCACAUUAUUAGCACCGAUGUCGCAAAUGUUUAAGCACAGUCUCGUUCCACGUUGAGACGCGUUCUUUUCAGCGCUUAAAGCUCUCCAGAAGUUAUGCAUAAAUACAGCAUAUUGAUUAUCGCGUUAUCGCGCGAAGAAAAAUUCCAUUUUAUUAAAAAAUUAUAAAAAAUUUUGUCAUUUUUAUUAUUGAGGAAAAAACUUGUCUUGUCAAGGAAAAAAAGAUAUUUACGAUAUUUCCAUAGUUCAAGGAAAUUAUUUUGCGACAAUAUGCUUAUAAAAACAAGAGGAUGACUACACAUAGGAUGACUACGUAUUAUAAAAAAUAUUACUUUUCUGUAAAUGACACAAAUGUCCUCACCGUUUAAAAAUACUUACGUUAAUUCACCGAGAUGCUUAUGCGUAGACGUCAGUGCUGGUGAUGAUCAUGAUGGAGAUCUUAAUCGUUAUAAUUAACACUUUCGCUUUACAUUAUUAUGAUGCAGUUACGUAAAGUCACCGAAUCUCGAGACGCGUCGCUUAUGAAUUUUCGAAACUCGUUUAAAUUUUGCCAGUCGCAGUUUCACAUUCCUUUCAGUUUUAAAUGUCGCUCGAGGUGAAAAUAAAACGGCGAACUGCGAAGAUCCUGAAUGAUUCAUAUACGUAUCAGUAUUCAGUGAUUAGUGAUCAGGAACAGCGUAAGAACAAUUAUCCCGUCAUUACGCAACUGGGACAUAGCAUUCAAAUGCUGCUCAGAGGUGCGUUUCUCUUUCGAUCGGUACGUCAUUGAGCGCGUCGAUUAUGAGCGAUAAAAAAACACUUCGCCUUUCGCCACAAAUUUCUCCGAGCGGCAUAAUGAUAGGUGUUACGCAGAAAAAUAUCAGCAACGGAAUAUACGAACGAAAAAAGAAUAAAAUUUGACAUUCCUAGCUUCUAAAUGAAUUUCGGAAAAUUGUAUUUAAAAUAUUACUGGAAAAAUAACGUGAAUAAUAUUAACAAGAUUUUGUAAUGUGCGUGGAAUAACGAAAAUGAACACAAUUCUUAUGUAUAUCAACUUUGCACUUUCAACAGAAGCAUUACAUAAUCGACACGUUUUCUGUCGUAAUUAAUUCAAGUGGAGAAAUAAUAUGCAAAACGAUUCAAUGUAUAAACUCGGAAUUAUAAGUAGCAACGUAUUUAUAGAAGACACAUGACAUCGCUGCUUAAUCGUCGCGGGUCUUUGAGCAGAAAGUUGCGCCGACACUUAGGCAUCGUUGAUGCGUCACCGCGUGAAUUGUCCGCGGCGGAAGUAUUAUACAAAUCAGGAAACGACAGAGAGAGAGGUUUUUCCUCCGAAACGAAUCUCCCCUAAGAUCCUGCUGAUAAAAGAGAGCCGCAAUUCAUUCCGCUAAUAUGCAUAUUCAAAGAUUAAUGUCGCGAGAUUAAAUUCUUUCUUCAAUCGAUCGAUUAUCCGUCCGUAAAAAAAAAAAAAACGGAGAAAACAUUUCAAGCG